AUGGCCUUCUCAAAAUGCUCACGGGUCACCCGGAAAAACUACGAAUUCCAAACCCUCAAGCCUGAAGCCUACGAUAAUGAUAAAAUUGAUUUCGAAUCGGAAACCCUACUCGUAAAUGGCAAAGGCGUCACAAAGCCUCGUCUUCCGCAUUCCUGGAUUUAUCUUACCAUGGUGAACCUCAUGAUUCUAGGAACUACUGUCCUGUUGAUCCUUGUUUGGAAAAGUGGGAGCCCGGUAGAAAAGAAUGCUGUUCUUCGACCCGUGUCAUGGUGGUCUCCCAUCCUGGACGAUAUCGACAUCCCCAGGUAUACCACAAUGUUGAACGGGACACUCUUCGCAAAGCCGGAGGUAUCGAUCGCACGAGAGGAGCCGAGUCCUGAGAAUGAUGCGGCUUGGGCACAAUAUGAGAAGGUCCUAACGCACAUUGUCAGCCGUGAAGAUAUUCUUACGCUAGGCAAGGACCCAGAAACUGUGGCCCGUUUCCACAACGAUUACUGGGGAAUGGGCGACAAUGCGUAUAUGGUUCAGCUCGAUGUCAUGCAUCAAAUACAUUGUCUGAAUCUACUACGUAAAGCAGCUUUCGCCGAUUACCCCGGAUAUAGUGUAAGUGUAGAGGCCAAGGACGACAUGUGGUGGAUACAUUUGGGCCAUUGUACCGAUAUACUAUUACAAAAUAUUCAGUGCAACGCCAAUACAGAGGUCCUCACCCUGGCUUGGGUGGCCGACCGGAAGGCGCCGUGGCCGGACUUUAGCGUCAAUCGCAAGUGUCGAGACUUUCAGGCUUUAGUCAAUUGGCAACGCGAAAAUGCCGUGGAGCCAGACAAAUUUGACCGAAUGCCUAUUCCUAGGGAUGCUUUCAUCUGGCCAGCGCCUUGGAAACAUCGAGACUCAGAGCUAGGACACCGCUUAGGACAACAUCAUCAGCAAGAAGGGAAAGGUCUGCCAAAGUCGCACGAGAGCCAUCACACUGUGGUGAUGUGA